GUGAGGCCCAACUUUCAACUUCUUCUUCCCAAUUUUCCAUCAUCUCUUUUUCUUUUUCUCUUCAAUUUCUCCGACAGAUAAUUCAACCACAACACGAACUCUCACAAACGAACAGCCCUUGCCCCCUGUGAGCUGACGAACCAUAAACCCUAAUUUUCACCCCUUCGCAAUCCCAUUUUCUUCUUUUAACCUUCCAUAUUCUCUCGUCAUCGCAACUGAAAAUCAGCAUUUUCAUUCGGUGUAAUUUCUUUUUGUCGUAACGCCUUCGGCUUUAGCUUGCUUUGGUUUCUCUCGUCUGUGUUGUUUUUUUCAGGGAGUUGAAGACGUGAUUCCGGUCGCGUUUCGUGUAGGGUUCGUCGGAAACAUUGCGGGUAAUCGCCGAUUUCGGCUUGGGCGUCUUGAUCGGGUCGCUUUUGGUGGGGUUUCUGCUGUGAAUAUUUUAGGGUUUCCGCGUUACUUCCAGAAAAAUUCCAGACCUUCCUCUUCCUCUUCUGUCCGUUGCGUUGCAUUGGGUUUUUGUUCUUGGAGCUGCUCGAAGCGAUUUCCUGUAAGUAUGCCCGUCUAAGAGCUUGGUGCUCGUCUUUCUGUUUUUUUUCCCCCUUCUUUUCUUGGUAAGUUGCUUGUUUUAUUCUUCCUUUUGUCUUGUGGAAUGUGGGUUUUACUGAUACUUGGCACUGGAGUUUGGUUUUGUGAUUCUUAUUCUGGCUAAAGGUGGUUACUUGUUAUGUUAUUGGUCAUGUUUGGCGCUUUUACCUAGUCAUUGACGUGUUUUUACGAUAGGAUAUGUAGGUUGUACCUUUCAAAGAUGAUUCAACUUCUAAGGAUUGGUUAUGAUGGGAUUUUGUACUUUUAACAAAUUGUCUCUGUUUCUUUAGAUUGGCCAUCUGUUCUUCAUCGGAUGUGGUUCUUACUUGAGUUAUUGUUGGAAGCAGGGCGUUUCUUUAUCUGAUUGGCAAAGAUGUCAUCCGAAUACCCGAUCCUUGAUAAUAGACCUAUAGAUCAGUGGAAGGUCGUAGAGCUGAAGGAGGAGCUCAGGAAGCGGAAGUUGGCAAUCAGGGGUUUGAAGGAUGAUUUGAUUAAGCGUUUGGCAGAAGCAAUACGUAGCGAGGGUGAAAAUGUACAGGAUGAGGUGGAUAACCGUCCGAGUCAUCCAGCUGGUGACAAGAAAGGUGCAGAAGAAGUAGGGGUUUCAGAGAGAGAGAAGCAUGCCCCAUUGGUUGAUGGUUCCAACAUUAAGAGUUCUGAUGCUGGCAAAGUUGGUGCCAAUGGUGGUCUGGAGGCUGUCGGCCAAGAAAAAAUGCAUGAUGAGGUAGCGACAGGAAAUGCUCUUCCUUCAAAUGGAGGAACACCUCUUGAUGGUCAUAUAGAGCCUCUGGAGGGUGAAAGUGAAGUCACUGAAAGUGCUGCAGUUAUUGAGACUGUGGUUCCUGAUUUGACUGACAGUGGAAAAGCUGAGGAAAAUUCUGGUACACAGGAGAUUAAGGAUAAUUCAAAUGAUCAUCUGGAUAAUGGGGAUCCAAAACCACUGCACGAACAUGAUAGUCAUGUACCUCAGUUGGAUAAUGAGGAUACAAAGCCCCAGCUGGAGCAGGAGGAUAAGAAAUCACUGUUGCAGAAUGAGGACUUAAAGCCUCAGUUUGAGAGUGAGAAUUCGAAUUCUGAGUUGGGAAAUGAGGAUUCAAAGCCUCAGCCAGAGAGUGAGAAUCCAAAGUCUGAGCUGGACUGUGAGGAUUUGAAGCCUCCACACGAGGUUGUCAAGCAUGACCCAUCUGCUCCAAAUGACCAGGUAUCUGAGGUUAGCCCUAGUUUAGGGUUUCAAGCAAAAUCUGAUUCACUUUCUACUGAUUCUGUAUCUAUUAAUGAAAAGAAUGAACUAAAGGAUAAUAUAAUUGCUGAUAAUGUCAAAUUAGAACUAGAUGUUGUUAAACCAGUGAUGGUGGAACUAUCAUCAUCAAGUAAUGUUGUCCCGUUUGGUGGUGAAUCACAUCCUAUGGAUGUUGAAGAUCCACAAGAAAAGAAGGCAUUGGUUGAGGAUAAAGAUGGAGGCUUUGAUGCGUAUAUUGGAGACGUGGAGAAGAAAAUUGAUAGCAUUGAUGUGGGUGAUUCUGAGAAGUUGAAUCUGGAUAGAAGUUCUGGUGAUGAUUCUAUGGAUGAAGAUAUUUUGGAGAGUAAGCAGAUUGAUUCGAAGUAUAAUUCCGAUGAAGUGGUAAAUAAAAAUGAGACAGAUGAAGUGCCUGUUGACAUGGAGGUUAAUAUGGUGAAGCUUGAUGGAAAUAAGCCAUCUGCGGACCAAACAGAAACUCUAGUUGAGAAUAAGAGUGGUCAAGAUGUAGGUGUUGAGAAGAGGAAGCUUAAUGACCAGGAAGCUGUGAGCACUGAACCGUUGAAGAGGCAACGGAGGUGGAAUUCCGAUAGCAGCAAGUCUCUUGACGUGCAAAAUCCUAGUCAGACUUCUACUCUUACUCAUGUAUCCACACUUAAGGAUACUGCUUUUCAGCCUCUUAAGCGAAACUUCUCUCGAUCAGACUCCAUGGCCAGUGAGGAAGCACCAAAGGAGCGUGUUGUUCCACCAUCGCAGAAGCCUCCAACCACUUCCCUGAAAAUCGAUCGAUUUCUGCGUCCUUUCACUCUGAAAGCUGCCCAAGAACUUCUGGGGCAGACUGGGACUGUGACAAGUUUCUGGAUGGACAACAUUAAAACCCAUUGUUUUGUCACUUACUCUUCAGUGGAAGAAGCCGUGGAGACUCGAAAUGCUGUGUAUAAUCUCCAAUGGCCUCCAAAUGGCGGACGCCUCCUGGUUGCAGAAUUUGUAGAUCCUCAGGAAGUGAAGUCCAAGGUGGAUGCACCUCCUCCAUCUCCUGCUGCUGCUAAGCCUGCGUCUGCUCCUGUUCCUGCACCAUCAAGCCAGCCACAGCCUUCACCCCGCCUGCAGGCUACUAGACAGCAACUGCCACCACCGCCUCCCCUUCCUCCACCGCCGCCACUAUCGAACCCGCCUCUGGUUAAGGAACGGCUCGUGCCUCCGCCACCUCCACCACUAGCUGAGAAACCCGAGGCCCCUAUUGUGACCCUAGACGACCUGUUCAGGAAAACCAAAGCAGUCCCUCGAAUUUACUACCUUCCGCUGUCGGACGAACAAGUGGCCGAGAAGAAGAGACGUGGGCAGCAGGGUAGAAAUGGCAGGCCCUAGGGAAGUUUACAUUUGUGGCUCUGCUUCUUAUGGGGUUAGAGUUAGAGUAUCAUAAAGUUUCGGUCUUUGCAGGUUCUGCAGGUUUGGGGCGUAGCAGAGAGGGAGAUGUAUGGAUUUGUGUACUCUGAGGAUUUGCAUUUUCAUCUUUUUCCACCCUUCUCUUUUCUGUAGCACUAGAGACCAUGGAAUUAGCAUAUUAGGGGCACUCUGUUUUAUGAGUGAGGUCAAGUGUAUCUGUCUCUACAUAUUUCAUUCCCCUUUGGGUAUAUACUAUUUCCAAGUUGUCGAGCGUUUUAAGGAUGCUGAAAUACCCCAACUUCCCUAUGAAUCUAUGAUGGUGCUUUGCCUUAGUUACAAUGAGGUUCCCAACUUUGGUUUUGGUGCUCUCUUGCAUUAGGAAUCACUAAUUUCCAUGGUCCAUUAAACCGUAUCGUAUCGGCGGUUCAACCACAAAAUAUCAGUAUCGUAGGCUAACUCGAUAGGCGGUAUUUAACGGUGUUAACGGUUGAACUACGGUUCAACCACGAUUUUACCGGAAAAUACCCUACUACUAACUUUUCCGGUACGGUGUCCGGUACUGUUUCAUGGACCAUGCUAAUUUCGAAGAAAUGUCACAUUGACAA